AUGUCUUUCAGUCCAGAAGCCCUCGCGUCAGCCACCAUGGCCCAACUAACGGGCGGUUAUCUUAGGCGCAUCCUGGUUGUCGUGACGGCUGGCGGCUACACCAACGCAGCUCCCCUGCUCGAAAUCGCCCGCAUCCUCGCCUCCCGCGGGUACGCCAUCGAGUUCGGUACCCUCGACGGCCGCACGGCGUGGACCAGAGACUGCCCCUUCGUCUCCCGCUGCCACGUCCUCGGCCCCGCGCCGCCCGCCGCCGUCGAGGAGGCCCAGUACCUGCGGAUGUCCAACUGGUCGAGCGGCGGUGACGACUGGGCCAACAAGUUCGCCGCCCGCCGCUUCCUCGAGUCAUCGUGGCCCGCCGUCUACCGGAGCCUGUCCCGCCUCGCCGCCGACCCGGACACCCGGCCCGACCUCGUCCUCGCUGACUACUGGGUCGAGGCGGCCCGCGACGUCGCCUCGGAGCACGACAUCCCGCUGGCCAUGCUGUGGCCGCAGAUGCCCACCGCCAUGCUGCACGCCCCCUACAUACCCGGCACCCCCGGUCUGCAGGUCGACAUCCUCUCCUCCGAGCACGCCUCUCUCCGCCAGCGCUUCCGCAGCGCCCUCUCCAUCUACGCCGCCGCGCCGCACUAUUACCGCUACCUGCGCUGGCGCAGGAAGAUGCGUCUCGAGGCCGGCGUCUCGCGCCCGCUGCCCACCCUGCGGAAGCCCGACUACCUCUGCCUCGUCAACUCCAUGUUCGGCCUCGAGGUCGCCAAGGAUCUGCCGCCCAACGUCGCCGCCGUCGGCCCGGUGCUCUCCCACGAGACGCAGGAGAUCGGGGAGCCCUACGCCGGCUUCCUGGAGAAGCGCAGCAGGGUCCUCUACAUCUCCCUCGGCACACAUGUGCUGCUGCCGUGGGCGAGCCUGAAGAAGCUGCUCACGGGGGCCCUCGCGGCCCUCGGAGCGGGCCUCAUCGACGGCAUCAUCUGGCCGAUGCGGGCCAUGGCGCGCAAGCAGCUGGACCACAAGGCAAUCUUCCCCGUCCGGCUGCCGCUGUCUCAUGACGUCCGGUACAUGUCAGUCUCCGAGCUGCUCGCGGGACUCCACCCGUCCGUGCUGUUCGUCGACUUCGCGCCGCAGCGCGCCCUUCUCCAGGACGGGCGCGUCGCGGCGUUCCUGAGCCACGGCGGGCCCGCGUCCGCCAACGAGGCGCUGUUCGCCGGCGUGCCCGUCAUAACGCUCGCCGUCUACUUUGACCAGGUGCAAAACGAGAUGCGCCUGCGCGACGCCGGCGUCUCCGUCGCGCUCUGCAAGGACCGCUUUUCUUCCGAGGACGUGGAGGCGGCCGUCGGCGACGUCGUGCGGGACAAGUUGGCCGACGGCCCCAUCGCGGCCAACGUCGAGAGGAUGCAGAGGAUCGCUCGGGUGGCGUCGCGGCGCAAGUACCUCGCCGCGGACUUGAUCGAGGAGGUUCUGGUAGACGCCGAGGGCCGGAUCCGAGAGCAGCUGGCGGGGGGUCCGGGGUCCGGGGAUGGAGGCCGGGGGAGGAAGAGGGGACGGCAUAUGCAUCUUCAGCCGGCCGACGUGCGGAUACCGUACUGGAAAGCGAGAAAUUGGGACAUGUAUGGGCUGUGUGCGGUGGUGGUGUUGUCUGUCGUGGGCCUCGCAGCUGGACUCGCCGUGGCGCUCUGCUGA